CAACAAACCGACAUACAUCAUCAAUCCCGGACGAACAUCAAACCUGCUAAUGAUGGGACGACUAUGAUUCGAAUAAUCUCAUCGAUCCAGUCAUCUUUGUUAAAUACAUGUAUGGUCUCGCUGUCCGGAGAAUUUUACUUUUAGGCGGGACGUGAGCAAGCCGUCAUGAUCGACACAGAAUGGCAGGAGCUCUUGCCUUCGGUGGCCAAGACGCCACAAGAAGAAGAUCUUUGUGCUCGUACGAUCGAACUCGUCAAAGAUAUGAAAUCAAGUGCAGCUCUCAAAAGCUUCAUACCGCUAGCAUUACGAUACAUUUUACAAAGUGCUGCAGUUGUCGAUGAUGUUAACAUUCCGACAGAAUCCGCUCGAUUGAAAUCACAUCAAUUUUGUUCGUCAUGCGAAACGAAUCGGACGGAAGAGCCUGGCAAGACUGAAGAAGGACGUUUUCGUUUUCAAAUCGCAAAGCUCAUGAUCUAUCAAAUGGCUGCUCGCACUAAAAGAUGGACUCCGAUCUGGAGGAGUGCGCUGGGAAUAUGUUUGCAUGAAUGCAAGGAAUGCUACAAAGGAUAUUUGAGAGCCAAAAGGCACUUAUCCAAACUGUUUCCGGCAACACAUGAGGCCGCUCAGCUUACCGUCUUUCGAGAUUUUGUUCAAGCAAAGGAACAGGACAUAGCACUCGAAGCUCUGCAGAAAUGCGAUGAUCAGAAUCCCAUCUCAACAACUCAAACGUACGUCUUUCUUGAAAUUAUCGGGACACUUGCUGGCAAAGGAAAGCUGGGGGAUCUUUACACUGAGAUGAAGAAGAGCAGAACAACAUUGCCGAUCGAUUCUCUUGAUGAGAUGCCAAGCGGUCUCAUAGCAUUUGCGAUGGACGAUGACGAAAGCGUACGGACAUGGGCCGAACAACAAACCAAUGUACCCGUAAUGUCGACAGAGAUGGCAACAGAAGAAUCAACUGUUGGUCUUUUGAUGAGAAUUGCAAUGGAGAAAGGUCGGUUCAAUGCAUUGGCCUAUUCCAUGCAAAUGGCACCCAGUGCGUUCACCGGCUCAGCAUUACCCAAUACUCUGCUGGGUCAUUUAUCCGAUUCAGUAACACAGACUACGGCGAUCUUGCAGUGUUUCGAAAGGCUGUUGCAGCUGAAGGGGAGCAAUCUAUGGGAGCAAGAAGAUCAAGAGUAUCCUCUUGUCGUUCUUUCCACCAUUUUAGACAGUCCUCAUUUCAACAAAUGUAUUGCUGAUGAAUCGUCUUCGGUGGACCUAUUUGCAUGGAUGUCACCUUUCAUUGCAAGUCUGAUACCGGUAAAAGCAGGAAUAGAUUCCAACUCCACUUCUGGUGUUUCACUAAAGACAUUCGAGGAUGGAUUGAAACGUACUGCCCACUUUCUGUUCGAACGUGUUCAACAAGGUCAUGUUCCGACGUCAAAUCGAAUUGCAGCUUCAUCGCAGUGCGUAGCUGUUAUGCUACAAAGCAUACCCACAAAUACAUCGGAGGAAUCCAAAGACUUUUCUGCACAAUUACAGCAGAGAUCAAUCAUCGCCAUUUUGAACGAGGUGGCCAGCCUACAUUCAAGUUCAAUUGCACACUUUGCUUUUCGAUCAAAGAUACCGAACUCAAAUGAUGUCAUAGAAAUUGAAGCCGAGGCUUACCUUUUGGCUCAACAACUUGUCGAGGCAAUCUUUUAUCUGAAUUGUGAAAGUAUCGCUGGUGAUAUUCUUACCAUUUCCGAGAGAGCGAUCAAGCAUCAACGAUCAUACGCAAAACAAAAGCAAUCGCACAAAAAGAUCUUGGCACAAGCCCAAAGCAAGGGUGGCAACGAAAAAGAGGCAAGCGCAGAAUAUGAAAAGGCUUUCGAAGCGAUUUUCAGUAAAGCAACGACGGAACUACAAAUUGGUGGAACGGUAUGCAUGGAACUUUGGAAGGAAUGCUAUCUUGUCUGCAAACCUGCUCGUGACUUGGACAUCUUUAUUCGUCCUUUAGCAGCUUUGGCUCCUUUUGUUGAUCUGCAAGUUACCACUUUCACAAUCCAGAUCAAAGAUGAUCACAGAGAAAAUAAGCUGUACUUGCAAUACCGCGAAAAGCUCAAGACGAUCGUCUCCACUGUCAAUAGAAGGCUCAGAGCAAUGCGAAACGCUUUGCCGGGAUUCCUUUUAGACUCAGCUGAUGAGUCGAUCAAUAGGAAAACGGUUUCGGGGAUCGAUUUGCCUACCUUGUGCUAUAAAUCUGCGGAUAGCAUCCUUUCGACCGUUUUGAGUGCAGAAGAAGAUAUCCACAAGGCAGCUCAAAAUGUCAUUAGAUCGGCUUUCGAAGAUGCUGAUACGAGGGUUGACUGCUUUAGGAGCUUAUUCCAGUGCAACGUCGCUUUAGCCUUAAAAGGUGUUAAUGAAUUCCUGGAAAGCUUUGUUGACGCUGCUUCCUCAUUGGUUGAAGCAAAUAAUGCUGCAAAAUGGAUGAUACGAUCGUUUUCGGAUAUUUGGGAUGUGUUGUGCUCACCCACUGACGGCCUACUGAGGUCAGGAACACCGUAUUCUCUUGUGGAUCGCCCUAGCGAAGCAGGUCGUGUUCGUGCAAGAUUGCCAGUAAUUUGGACAUUAAUGUGCAAAAGUAUUGCAGUAAUUUUCAAGCGAACUCCAAGCUGGUCACGUAUUUUGCCUCAUUCAGAAUUGAUCGCCUGGUUUAGAGAUGUUACUUUGUUCGCUGCAGAAGCGGUCGAAGGUGUCUCGCUAAUACAAAAUGCUGCGACAAUCGGAAUUGAGGAUGAAGAAGAGCGUGCAAGAAUCAAUACGACGAUUGUGGAAGAUUUGGCAUUACCACUAGAAGAAGCUGCUUCAUGGCUUCGAAUGAACAAUCUAGAGAUCGUACAAGAGACUCGAGAUUAUUUCGUCGCAGGUUUGAAAUGCUUCCAGGGUGGAGUAUCUUUUCCUCAAGCCGCCAAAGAAAGACUUUUGGCCUUCAUUGAUGGUCAAAGCAAGGUUGAAAAGGUUGAGGCAAGAACUACAUUACUUUCUUUGGCCGAGUUGGAAGACUUGCAUGUGCUUCUAGUUGGAAGAGAGGGUAGUGCCGUCGGAGAUCUCGUAUCGACAAAGAAAAAGAACGUGAAUUUGCUCUUAUCAUCAGACAGCGAGAAAUCAGAAACAAGAGCAACACAAGAUGUACCAGAUUCUGAGCCUGUGCUUGUUUCUGUCAAGAAAGCGCAAAGAGAUGACACUCCCGAAAAAAGACUGGUCAAUGGGUCACGGCCGUCUACUUCAUCUACAGGUAAUCUCAAACAGCAAAGAUUGCCCUUCCAGAGCAUUGAUAGUGCCACUGCACGAAAACAGCCAUUCUCAACUCCUCCAGUUCCAGCACCUCCGCCUCCUCGUUUUGCUGCAGCUGCUUCGGGUUCUGCGAAUCGUUAUCAAGGUGCUUCUGCAAAACCUGUAGCAAGUGCUGCAAAGCAGAAUGGUAGUAGUGCUUCCAGCACAUCUAGUACUGCGUCACGUCCCAGUGGAAAGAUGGCUCAACUCAGACAAGACUUCAAGGCCAAUCACACGAUCUAUAAGCCAAUCAACGUAACUUCAAGAUACAAUCGUUUCACUACCCGUGAAUUACCAGAAGCACGUGCUCCAGAGGCAAAACGUUCGUUUAACGAUAGCGCUUUCCCUCCAUCAAUUUUGGGUACUUCAACGGAGAAUAAACAAAAGAAAUCCGAUACAAGCAGCGGUGAAUCAGAUAGUAGCGAUGACGAUGAUGGAAAAUUAGGUUUGGCAGAUUUGACUGACGGCAAGAAAGCUAGUCCAGCCAAGAUGCGAUCCAAAAUACGUUCGAUUGAAGCCCCUCAAAGACGAGCUGUCAUCUUGGAAGAUGAUGCUAUACAAAGAGCCAGACGCGAGCGUGAAGAGGCUGAUAGGAAACGCAGAUUGCGUGAAUUGCCAAAUUUCAAUCCAUUGCAUCAAACGAUUCUAAGCUGGCCAUAUGAUGCUGAAGGCAAUCUCCCUCCUUCCGGCUUUGCUAGUAAAGGCUCUGCUACGUCCAAAGGUGGUUUCCAACCUACUCAACUGAAACCUACCUAUCGCAACGCCGAGGCAUACGUAGAAAGUUUUCUGCCAAUGCUCUUGUUAGAGUGCUGGGCACAAAUGCAAGCAGCACGAGAGCAAGUGCAAAAGAAAGCAGUAGAACAUACUCCUAUCCUUGCCACGGUCACAGGUCGAUCAACAAUUGAUGCUUUUGAUUCUCUGGCUAUCACGUCCCAUCCCGCUCGUGGAGCACAACAGGUCUUUCUCCAAGAAACUGAUGUGAUCUACAUUCGCGAAAGGGCAAAUGGAGGUAAGCAACGUACCGUGAUGGCAAAAAUUGAUGCCUUCAAAAUGCAUCCACAAGGUCCUCGAUUGACUGUACGAACCUGUUUGACCAAAGAUGAACAAGGUAUGUCUUCAAUCUUGGUAGGUGGAGCGCAAAUUGAAAUAGGCAAACUGUUCAGCUUGACUACUUUGCACCGAGAAUUCAUUGCGCUACAAUCUGUGCGUUAUUAUGAUAUGCUUCAGAGCAUCUUGACGGCACGAUCAGCCACCAAAGAAUUUAUUCGUAACGAAGAAAUUGAAGCAGCACAGCGUAAUUAUUCUGUCAACAAACCGCAAGCGGAAGCAAUCUUAAGCGCAAUCAGUAGCCCACAAGGGUUUCAACUAAUUCAAGGUCCUCCUGGAACGGGAAAGACUAAGACAAUUUGCUCGCUUGUUGGUCACUUCUUACAAACCCGUAAAGCCCCAUCUGUGCCCAUUCGCGCUGGUCAACAAACGAAUGGUUCAGCUGUUUCUGUCAAAAAGAAGAUUUUCCUGUGUGCUCCAAGUAAUGCUGCAGUGGAUGAAGUGGCACGACGAGUUCAUAUGGGCAUCACUACGGCUGAUGGAAAGACGAUCAAGCCAAAUGUUGUACGUGUAGGUCGUGAAGAGGCAAUGAACAUCGCUGUGAAAAGCAUCUCUUUGGAAAGCAUUGUGGAAAAGCGGUUGAGCGCAUCAAAAGACUCUUCUUCUCAAAAGGAUCCAAAUUCCAUGGAUCCUGCGCAAUUGCAAGCAGAACUUCGAGCGUUGAAAGAUCGACUAGACAACAAGCGUGGCGAAAUUGAAAAUGCUCGUCUGACGGGAGUAUCCGAUAAAGUGAUCGAGCAAAUGGAAUCGGAAAAGAUGGUAAUGAUUUCGAAACGUUUGAAUUUGACGAGUAAGCUGGACGAAGCAAAAGAUGCUGUUCAAACCGUCAAUCGACAACAAGAUGCAGAUCGGAGAAGAAUUCAGCAGGAUAUACUGAUGCAAGCAGACGUGGUAUGUUCCACUCUUGGUGGAGCAGGACACCCGUUGCUGAGCUCUCUGCCUUUCGAUUUCGAUACCGUGAUUAUUGACGAGGCAGCUCAAGCUGUUGAACUUGACACUUUAAUUCCAUUACGAUAUGGAUGUCGUAAAUGCAUUCUGGUCGGAGAUCCCAAUCAAUUACCGCCUACAGUCAUUUCACGAGAAGCAGAGAGAUUACGAUAUUCUCAAUCUCUCUUUGUUCGGCUAUUCAACAACCCCAACAAUCACUCAAACUUGCUCAGUAUUCAGUAUCGUAUGCAUCCGUACAUCAGUCAAUUUCCAAGUGAAGCCUUUUAUGAUGGAAAACUUGAAGAUGGUCCAGAAAUGGCGAAAUUGACAGUGAAGCCUUGGCACAAAGAUCAUUGGUUGAGACCAUUACGCUUUUUCGAUUGCAAAAGGAGUGCAGAGGCUAUGGGUAGAGGCGGACAUUCCCUGGUCAACAGAGCAGAAGCCGAAAUGGCAUGUAACCUGUACUCCAGAUUGAGGCGGGAAGCACAAAAGUCAGGAAGUUCUUCCUCUUCAGCUUUGGACGGCAAAGUGGGUGUUGUGACGAUGUACAAAGAUCAAGUGUUCGAGCUCAAACGUGCUUUCCGUAGAGAGUAUGGUGAUGGUAUUGAUGAAGUCGUCGAUUUCAAUACUGUCGACGGCUUUCAAGGUCAGGAAAAAGAUGUCAUCAUUCUUUCUUGCGUCCGAAGCAAUGGUAUCGGUUUCCUGAACGAUUUUCGUCGUAUCAAUGUUGCCAUCACACGUGCUAAGAGCAAUUUGUUCAUCAUUGCACAUGUUCCCAAUCUCGAACGUAACGACAAAGCAGGUUUUUGGAAAAAGUUUAUCGAAAUUGCUCGUAAAAAUGAAGAUCUUAUUGCUGCAACGUCAGAAGAUUUGAAUAAACCAUUCAUGGUACACUCCUCUCCUGCAAAAAGAGAUUCCAAGGUGCAAAGGGAAGGGAUCGGAGCGGGAAAAAUCACAAGCAUUCCUGCUUCACCUUCAGGCAAAACGAAGCGUGCAGAGCCUCAAAACGAAGAUGAUUCAAUGGAGGCUGGACCAAAGAAGAAGCCAAGAUUGGAGACUCAAUCAAAUACUUCUCAUGCCCAACAUACACCGGGUAUAUCCGGUAACAGCAAUGCAACCCAACCCACAAGACCCUCAUCACAGCCUGUUCGACCGGUCAAUAAGAUCGCCUUGGCGAGCACACCAAGACCACUGCCUAGACCGCCUACAGGACCAAAAGCAGACAGGCUCGCAGCACCACCCAAAAGGCCAUUCCCGCUUCCCAAUAAACCGAAAGGGUCUCAUCCCGGACCACCACCUAUUCUUCCAAAGAGACCAAAGGUGUCUCAUCCCGGACCACCGCCUAUUCCUCCCUCAAGCCGACCGGCCGGAAAUCCCAUUGCCAUGCCCGGUCAAGCGCCUGUACUUAUGACACCAGCUCAAAUGGCAGCAUCCCGCAAUCAAAGACCACCGCAAGGGCCUAGACUGGAUCCAUCCAGACGGCCAAACGGUCCUCCAGCUGGUCCUUCUAAUCAGCCAAGCACAACAAUGUUUUUGCCUAAACCGAAUAAUCGAAGGGAGAAACGAUUUUGAGAAGGAUGUGGGAAUAGAGAAUUUAUCAACAAGGAUACAAUUUAUACGAACAUGGAAGUUUGUAAAUCAUUAAAUCAUUCGUGAUUUCCUAUACGCAUUUGUACUUCUAUCAAUCCUUAUGCAUCAUAGAUCAUUGUAAAAUACGCACAACUUUUAUCAAAUAAGAAGAGAU